CGGACGUGCGGUAUUAUGUGGAUAUUUCUGGAGGAGGUAAUAUUAAUAAACCGCGAAUUGUGCAACGAGAUUUUCAGUUUCGCACGUCAGUUUUUCGUCGACUUUCUUCAGUUGAAGACAACCCACCCGCUCAACAACUUGUGGCAUUUGCGCGUACCCGACAACUACAAAUAUGGGAGUGAUCCUCUGAAGAGAUUCGUCUACAGCGCCCGAAACUCCAAGGGGAUGACUCUAUUUGCCGGUUUAUGGCGUAGCCUCUCUCACGAUCUCUCGGUCGCCGUAAAAGUUCCCUCCUUCCCUACAGCCGGUUCGGCAGUCGUUCUUGAGGCGGACCUCGACUUAGGAGGAAACACUCUCGAAUCGAUCAAGUGGUUCAAGGAUGAUAACGAAUUCUACACCGUUACCCCCAAGGGAACCACCACCAAGUACGUUUCCGGUAUACAGGUCGAUAUGAAGAAUUCGUCGCGCGUCAAAGUGACGCUGCUUAAGGUAACCGAAGCGACCAGCGGCAUGUACAAGUGCGAAUUAAGGGCUGGUGGUAGAAUGAUGAUGAAGGGCGCCGGAAUGAAGGUCCAGUCUAAGUAGAGGACGUGCUACGCGUAAUGGAAGUCUUGUUCUGACACACUUUUCUUUCACUUUGAACACUUUAAUUUUUGUACAUAUAAAACCUUCGCUUGUAUAUACACUAAUAUUGUUA